UAACUCUGCCCCAAAUUUUAAGCAUUUUUUGCUCUUGUUAUGGUUCCUGAGGAAUGGCACAAACAUAUUUGGUAUAAGAGAUUUUCUUUGAGGUUUUCAACUUACUCUUGGCUUGCUCUUGUUGGAGGGCUUAAAACUGUGGUUGCUCUUGCUUCAAGAAAUAUUUCUGUCAGUAGAUUGUGUACUCUUUUUGAUAGCUAUCCUGAAAGCAGCAUUCAUUUAUUUUUCCAAUGUGAUUUUUCUUAUAAUCUUUUAAAGAGGAUUCUACCGAUUUUCUCCUCCUUUUUGCUGCCACCUACGAUUCUUCGGGCUCUGGAUUUCGUGGAAGACAAUUUUGACAGUAAUGAUGAAGUUGCUAAUGCUCAUAGACUUGGGACAUGGAAAGAAAGGAAUGGAUUUUCCCAAUGUUUUGUGCUGCCUUCCCUGGAUGGUCAUUGCUUUAUCUUGGCAAUCGUGGUGAGCUCAGAUUUCAGAUUUCUCAUAAGCCACUGUUUCUUAUUUCUUCAGUUUCUUCAGUUGGAAAAUAUGGUUUUUGCUGCUCCUCUGGCAACCAG